AUGGCUACGCGGGACCGCUUCGGCGGUUUCGCCGAGCCCUCCAUGACCCCAUUGCAGCGCUACAUCAUGAAUGCCUGCGAUCCCCAGAACUUUGAGCCAAAUCUCGCCCUCAACAUCGAGAUUGCCGAGCUCAUCAAUCAGAAAAAGGGCAACGCUCCGCGCGAGGCCGCCAUGGCCAUCGUCUCCCACGUCAACUCGCGCAAUCCCAACAUCUCGAUGCUCGCCCUCAAUCUGCUCGACAUCUGCGUCAAGAACUGCGGCUACCCCUUCCACCUGCAGAUCAGCACAAAGGAGUUCCUCAACGAGCUGGUCCGCCGCUUCCCCGAGCGCCCGCCUGUUCAUGGCUCGCGCGUCAUGGCCAAGAUCCUCGAGCUGAUCGAGGAAUGGCGCUGCACCAUCUGCCAGACGUCACGCUACAAGGAGGACCUAGGCUUCAUCCGCGACAUGCACCGCCUGCUCAGCUACAAGGGCUACACCUUCCCCGCCGUCCGCCGCGAGGACGCCGCCGUGCUGAACCCGAGCGAUAACCUCAGGUCCGCCGAGGAAAUGGAGGAGGAGGAAAAGGCAGCCCAAUCCGCCAAGCUGCAGGAGCUCAUCCGGAGAGGCACCCCGCACGACCUGCAGGAAGCCAACCGGCUCAUGAAGAUCAUGGCCGGCUUCGACACGAGAAACAAGACCGACUACCGAGCCAAGGCUGCGGAGGAGGUUGGCAAGAUACAGCAAAAGGCCAAGCUGCUGGAGGACAUGCUGCAGAAGCAUCAAGCGGGCGAUAAGAUUCAAGAGGGAGACGUCUUCGAGGAACUUGCGAACGCGCUGGCGAGCGCGCAGCCUAAGAUCCAAAAGAUGUGCGAGGAGGAGUCUGACGAUCACGAGGCAGUGGCCAAGCUGUUCGAGAUCAAUGACAGCAUACACCGGACGCUCGAGAGGUACAAGCUGAUUAAAAAGGGCGACGUGGAAGGCGCGGCGAAGAUCCCGAAGGGCACUCUUGGUACCAGCGGUGCGGGCGUCUCGAGAGGCGCCAACAACGAGCUGUCGCUGAUCGACUUUGGUGGACCGGAAGAGGAGUCAGCGCCUGCUGCUGCCGCCCAGCCGGAAUCCAGCUCCAGCGCACCGGCACCCAAGGGCAACGCAUUGGAGGACGACCUGCUCGGCCUGAACCUCGGCGGCGACAGUUUCGGCGGCGGCAUCUCGCUGGGAAGUCCUGCGAACGGCUCGGCCAUGCAGCCGCAGCAGCCGGCGUCGCAAGAUCUGCUGCAGUCGGUGGGCGCGGCCCCGCAGCAGCAGCAGUCGACGACCCCCAAGCCCAACUACGACCCGUUCGGCGGCCUCGGCGGCUUCUCGAUACCCGCGCAAGCAACUCCGCCGCCGCAGCCCUCGAUGUUCACGCCUCCCCCGCAACAACUAGCCCAGCAGCCGCAGCCCGCGAAGCCCGCCGCCGAUCCGUUCGCGGCGCUCUCGUCGCCCGCUCUGCGCGGUGGCUCGCCCUUCCAGUUCCAGCAGUCGGCGCGGCCCGCGUCGGGCUCACUGUUCGACCUGGCGGGGUCGGGUGCCGCCACGCCCACGCCGCCGCUCGCAGCUCCUGCCGCUGUGGCCGCUCCUCCUCCUGCCCCCGCUGUUGCCGCCGCCAGCGACGACGACGAAUGGAGCUUUUCGUCGGCUUUGCCGAACCAGCCGCACACGCUGACGGCCAUCAACACGGCGAUUCGCGACGAGUUUACGGUUUCGCGCCAGUCGGACGAUGUGCUUCUCAUCCAGUCGCGCAUCUCGAACAACACGGCGCAGCCGAUUAGUGGGCUGGAGAUUCAGCUUGCAGUGCACAAGAGCUACCAGCUCCGCCUCGAGCCGCAGUCGGGCCUCACGCUGGCGCCGCACCAGCAGCAAGGCAUUGCGCAGACGGUGCGCCUGCUCGGGGUGCCGCGGGGCAGCGGGGCGGCGGUGCGCAUGCGCUGGAAGGCGACAUACCGGCUGGGCGGCGAGGCGCGCAGCGAAAUGGGCGAGAUUGCGAGCCUGGGCGUGUCAUGA